AUAAAAACCUAAAAGAAAUGGGGAAUGAAAUCUACCGACCAACAUUUCCCGUUUCAGUCAAAUAUCUUCUUAAUUUCUCCCAAUGCAUUUUCCCAUUUAACACAACAUUCCCUCCCUACCUUCCCCCACGCCCUUCUGCUCCUCUGCUCAGCGAUCUGCCAGUCUGCAUAGGGUUUUUCUCGCCCAUCUGCAUUGCCAUUGCGGGGUCUGUUCAUCUUGGUCGAGAUCGAACUGUUUGGAGAAUGCCGGUGAGACUGUUGACAUUUUAAGCUUUUCUGACUUGAAAUUUUUGAUGGGUUUUCCACUUUUCCUGCAUUGUGUUGCUGAAUUGUGACGUUGAUUGGAUUCUUGAACUCGAUCUCUCCGAACCCGUUGGGGGGUUCGAGUUCUCUCACUGUACGAUGCUUUGUAUUUCUUGCCAUUGUUGAUUUGGAUUUGGUUUCUUCUUGAGGAUUUGGAAAGCUUUGGUUUUGGAGUUUUUCUUGGGUUUGGAGCUUGAAUUGGGUUUCUUUUUGUGAUUGAAGAAAUGGGUAUUGGAGUUGGAGGAACUGUUUGGUGGUGGUUGUUGUUGUAGAGUAUAUUGCAGUCUGUGUAUUGGUUUCGUAAAGAUGAAGAGGCUAAAAAUUGAACCUUCAGUUGCGAGGAGGUUCAAAUUGCAGCAUUUGUUGUUUGGUAUAGCGGCAUUGUACUUGGUCUUCAUAUCCUUUAAGUUUCCCCAGUUUCUUGAGAUAGCAAAGACGCUGAGUGGUGAUGAUAGUUAUGAUGGAUUGGAACUGGUCGAAGAUGUGGAUUUGAGUAAACCGUUAUUUAAUUCUGUUUAUAAGGACACGUUUCAUCGCAAAUUGGAAGACCAAAACCAAGAUGCGCCUGUGAGGCCUAGGAAGGAACCUUUGGAAGAGAGUAAAGGUGGAUCUAAGCCUAUAAAGCCACUACAACAUCAAUAUGGUCGGAUCACUGGUGAGAUUAUGAGGCGAAGAAAUAGAACUAAUGAACUUUCGGUGCUUGAGAGGAUGGCAGAUGAGGCUUGGACAUUGGGUUUAAGUGCUUGGGAAGAAGUGGGUAAACUUGAUGGGAAGGAGAUUGGAGAGAGUUCUAUAAUUGAGGGAAAACCUGAGUCAUGUCCUUCAUGGUUAUCAAUGAGUGGGGAAGAAUUGGCAACAGGAGAUAAGUUGAUGUUUCUUCCUUGUGGGCUUGCUGCAGGUUCUUCAAUUACGGUGGUGGGAACAUCCCAUUAUGCUCACGAGGAGUAUGUGCCCCAGCUUGCAAAGUUGAGGAGGGGUGAUGGAACAGUUAUGGUCUCGCAGUUCAUGGUUGAGUUGCAAGGGCUGAAGUCAGUAGAUGGGGAAGACCCGCCAAAAAUACUGCACUUGAAUCCACGAUUAAAAGGUGAUUGGAGUAAGCAGCCAGUCAUUGAGCACAACACCUGUUACAGGAUGCAAUGGGGAACAGCUCAAAGGUGUGACGGCUUACCAUCCAAGAGCAAUGAAGACAUGCUAGUUGAUGGAUAUGGGAGAUGUGAAAAGUGGAUGCGGAAUGGUAUGGACUCAAAGGAGUCCAAGACCAAGACUACCUCAUGGUUCAAACGAUUCAUAGGGCGUGAGCAGAAGCCAGAAGUAACCUGGCCAUUUCCGUUUACAGAGGGUAGAUUGUUUGUCCUGACCAUACGUGCUGGUGUGGAUGGAUUCCAUACUAGUGUUGGGGGCAAGCAUGUCACUUCAUUUCCAUAUCGGAUGGGUUUUACACUUCAAGAUGCAACUGGAUUAGCAAUUAAAGGAGAUGUUGAUGUUCACUCUGUUUAUGCUACUUCUCUUCCCGCUUCUCAUCCAAGUUUCUCACCUCAAACAGUACUGGAGAUGGCAGAGAAGUGGAAAGCUCGUCCUUUACCAAAGAGACCUUUUCAGCUGUUUAUUGGGGUUCUUUCUGCUACAAAUCACUUUGCAGAGCGCAUGGCAGUGAGAAAAACUUGGAUGCAAUCAUCAGCAAUCAAGUCCUCCAAUGUAGUAGUCCGUUUCUUUGUUGCAUUGAAUCCAAGGAAGGAGGUAAAUCAAAUGCUGAAGAAAGAGGCUGCUUACUUUGGUGAUAUUGUUAUUUUGCCCUUUAUGGAUCGAUACGAGCUUGUUGUUCUGAAAACCAUUUCUAUUUGUGAGUUUGGGUCUCAGAACGUGACAGCUGCAUACAUCAUGAAAUGUGACGAUGACACAUUUGUUAGAGUGGACACUGUCUUAAAGGAAAUUGUGGGCAUCUCUUCUAAAAAAUCCCUUUAUAUGGGCAAUCUUAACCUCUUGCAUCGCCCACUCAGAAGUGGAAAAUGGGCUGUAACCUAUGAGGAGUGGCCGGAAGAAGUUUAUCCUCCAUAUGCCAAUGGCCCUGGAUAUGUAAUUUCCAUUGAUAUUGCUAAGUUCAUCAUUUCUCAGCACGUUAGUCAUAGGCUAAGGCUUUUCAAGAUGGAAGAUGUGAGCAUGGGAAUGUGGGUUGAGCAAUUCAACAGCACCACAGCAAUUGUCCAAUACUCCCAUAACUGGAAGUUUUGUCAGUACGGGUGCAUGGAGAACUACUUCACCGCACAUUACCAAUCGCCAAGGCAAAUGAUCUGUCUUUGGGACAAGUUGGCUAGAGGUCAAGCUCAAUGCUGUAACUUCCGAUGACACUGAGCCGUCUAAUUCAUACAAGUAGAUUGCAGCACUCUUCACCCUUCUUUCUGGUAUCCUCACGCUUGUGCCGGUUUUUAUCUACUAGUUUCAAUUGAAAGUACAAGCUCCUAACGAUGAAUCGUGAUAAAUGAUUGUUGUCAAAAAAUGAAUCAUCGAAGAGUAGUAUAGAUUGUGUUGUAAAAUGGGAUGAUUGACAAAUUCUCCUUGUACCACUAGAUUGUAAUUAUGCUCAAAAUCUUGAGAUUUAACAAAAGACGUAGAAUGUCUUAUCCA